AUGCCGGAACCGAACUUCCUCCCCAUUGAAGACUAUGGUCUAAUUGGCGAUAUGCACACCUGCGCUCUGGUGAGCAAAGAGGGUAGCAUUGACUUCAUGUGCUGGCCCCAAUUUGAUUCACCUUCGGUCUUUUGUCGUUUGCUCGAUGGCAUUCAAGGGGGACACUGGUCUGUGAGACCUGUUCAGGAGGAUGGAUUCAUGACCAAGCAGCAGUAUCUGGCUGCCUCUAACAUACUGCAAACCCGUUGGAUCAAUGAAGAGGGAGUGGUUACAAUGAACGAUUUCUUCAUUGUGGAAAACAAGCAAGAAGGCACUUCUGGAAGCGUCCGAACCAGAUCAUCUGUCCUCGUUCGCCGACUUGAGUGCAUUCGUGGUAAGAUGAGACUGAGGAUUUGCAUAUGCCCGCGUCCAGAUUAUGGCAGGAAGGCCGACAAGGCCACCAUUUCAGAGGAUAAGGAUGGAUGGCUAGUCGACUUCGCCAAUAGCCAAUUGAGGCUAUCGAUUUACCCUAAGGGAAACAUUGAUGUUUCCCUCCAAGAUGGUUCGUUAGCCUAUUGCACUGUUGAUCUGCAGGACGGCGACGAGAUCUUCUUCGCAUUGUAUGAACAGAAUCCCAAAACGACCAAUAUGUCAUCGAUCACAAGCCUUAAAGAGUCUGAAAUCAGGACGAAUCUUUUCUGGAUGAACUGGGCUCACAAGUUGCAAUAUGUGGGCCGUUACAGGCUCAUGGUAGAACGCAGUCUCCUAAUUUUGAAGUUGCUCACCUAUCAACCAACUGGCGCAAUCGUGGCGUCACCAACUUUCUCGCUACCAGAAGCCAUUGAUGGUCAGAGGAAUUGGGACUAUCGAUACUCCUGGGUUAGGGAUGCCUCAUUCACCGUCUAUGUCUUCCUCAAAAUGGGCUACGGGGGGGAGGGCGAGGCAUAUAUCAAUUUCAUCUUCAAUCGUAUCGCUGACUGGCAGAAGGCGGGUGCGAAUAAGGCGCUUCCUCUAAUGUUCAGCAUUGAUGGUGUCUCGGAGCUACCGGAAACGGAGCUGGAUCACCUCAGCGGAUACAAAAAUACGAGACCUGUUCGAAUUGGCAAUGGCGCCGCAUUUCAUACCCAGCUUGACAUUUAUGGAGAGCUAAUGGACUCCAUCUAUCUUUACAAUAAGCAUGGCAAACCAAUCACCUACGACCAGUGGCUCAGCAUCCGUGCCAUAAUGAGCUACGUCUGUAAAAUCUGGAAAGAUCCUGACAUGUCUAUCUGGGAGGUUCGCAGCCGGAAGGAGAACUUUGUGUACUCCAAGAUAAUGCUCUGGGUUGCCUUCGACCGAGCUAUACGACUUUCCGAGAAGAGGUGCUUCCCAUGUCCAAAGCGCCUCGAAUGGAUGCAACACCGAGACACUUUGUACGACGAGAUCAUGGACCAGGGCUACAACCCUACCAUGGGCAGCUUCAUUCAGAGUUACGAGACCCGUACGGCAAUCGACUCGGCCGUGCUGAUCGCGCCCCUGGUUUUCUUCAUUGCACCCAAUGACCCCAGGUUCUUGGGAACGCUUGACACCAUACUCAAAAGUCCAGAAAAGGGUGGCUUGACCAGCGCCGGCAUGGUGUUCCGAUAUGACCACCAAAAAUCUGAUGAUGGCGUUGGCGGCCGCGAAGGCACGUUCUGCAUGUGCACUUUCUGGCUGAUCGAGGCGCUCACCCGAGCCGGCAUCUACGACCCGAAAUAUCUCCACAAAGCCGUCAACAUGUUCGAAAACAUGCUCAGCUUCGGUAACCAUCUGGGCAUGUUCUCCGAGGAGAUCUCGAUCAGUGGAGAGCAGCUGGGCAAUACGCCGCAGGCGUUCAGUCAUCUGGCGCUGGUCAGUGCAGCUCUCAACCUGGAUAGGGGCAUCGCAAGGGAUAUUCCGGCGGUGUGA